AUGGCUAUGUACGAGCUUGCAUUGUCUUGGUGGAGGAUGAUUCUUCUUUCGGGGUUGAUUUUUCGAAGCUGGGUGAUGACUUUUGGCAAAGAAAUGGUGGUAUACCAAUCCGCAGUAACAGUUCUUUGCUCAUUAACACGUUAAGCGCCAUGGCGGUCCCGUGGGACCGCUUGACAACGGGCCUAUUACGCCACGGCGGUCCGUAUGGACCGCUUUGUAUUUAAUUUAUUUCCACGCUGACUCCAGCCAGAGAUCAAUAUCUAAAUUCAUUUUAGCGUUAAAUAUUGACCGCUGUGGCUUGUAUGGAUUAUACUCAUAUGCAUUCAAUUUUUUUUUAUUCACAUCAUUUAUUUCCUACUAAAUCUACACAACAACCUUGGCAAAAACAAACAAGAUUCCAGUAAAAAUGCAUAUAUAUAACUUGAGACGUGGUCAUUGUAGUCUAGACCAGUUAGGUGAAAAAUUAAUGCUUCCGCCUUUUGUUGGGUACUACAAAAAAAUUUAGCAAAGAGGACUCUUUAUACUUUAUUAAUCUCUCUAGCUUUCAAUGGUCUUUGCCAUCAUCAUCAUUCUUCUCAAUGUUAUUACAGCUCCUGAUGAUGAUGGCAAAGACCAUUGAAAGCUAGAGAGAUUAAUAUAGUAUAAAGAGUCCUCUUUGCUAAAAUUUUUGUCGAAGUACCCAACAAAAGGCGGAAGCUUUAAUUUUUCAACUAUAUAUACAUAUAUAUAUAUAUAUAUAUAUAUAUAUAUAUAAAAUAAGUUAUGAUGUAG